GCUGCUAAGGUUGUCGCCGUCCACAAACAGCUGCAGGACUGCAGGAGCUUCAAUCCAAGGACGAAAAUGGUGAAGGGACGUCAGGGAGAGCGCGUCAGACUCUAUGUUCGAGGAACCGUUCUAGGUUACAAGAGGUCGAAGUCGAACCAGUACCCGAGCACGUCUCUGAUUCAGAUCGAGGGAGUGAACACCAAGGAAGAGGUGAACUGGUACCAGGGCAAGCGCUUGGCGUAUGUCUACAAGGCUAAGGUCAAGACCUACGGGAGCCACUACCGUUGCAUUUGGGGCAAAGUCUCUAGGCCUCACGGCAACAGUGGCGUUGUCCGAGCUAAGUUCAAGUCCAACCUGCCUCCCAAGUCCAUGGGCGACAAGGUCAGGGUCUUCAUGUAUCCAAGCAACAUCUAAGCCUCUUAAAGGUAAACAAUCUUGUUCGCGUUAACCUUUCCGUUGAAUGGUCUGGGAACUGUUUCUCUGUAAUGCAACAUUUUGAGCUGAAUGGAGUAGGUUGAUAUUUAGAUUUGAUUGCAGAAGCUUGUUUUGAUUGAUGACUGAGUUGAGUGGAGAAUUUGUUGUGUGUUUUUAACUGUUAGGUUACAGUCUUGAUUCAUUCCAUUUGGGAUCACAAUGUGUUGGUUCUAGGUGAAUGUGCUCCAGGAAUGAAUAUUGACUGGACAUGGUUAGGGUAGAAAUGAAUGUGGAUUAGGUUCCAUGUAAGAUUUAGAUUAUAUGCAGACGGGAUUCUCUAUUCUUCAGAUGGAACUACCUCUGUAGGGUUAUUACUUACUAUCCUCUACUGUAAAUGCUCCUCUGGUGUGAACUUCUGUCGCAUUCUGCUAUUGUGGCUGCUGUUAAGCAGCAAAUUGUGAUUGGUCUUUUAUUUAUUUGUAUUUGUAUAUCAGUUUAGCUUCCUGUUUCUUUUCUAGUAUGUAGUUGUGCUCUGGCCUCUAAAUUGUAUCUCUCUCAUUUCUUAGUGCUCCAGGUGAUGCAUCGUCGAAGCUGAUCAAUAUGGGAUCCAUCUUGCAUGGAGCUGAGUUCUAUAGAUUUUGGAUGUGGGAAUGAUACUAGUUAGCUUUGUUUUAUUUCUUUCAAUGAGUAUGUGCUGAUUUUGGUACCUUAGUGUUACAGUUAUCAGAUUGUGUUGGGCAUCUCUAGAUUCUGGGUUCUCUAUUCAAAUUUUCAAUUUUACGAAUUCUCUAGUGCUAUCUAGUUUUGUUUCUACAUCGUAAACGUUGGCCUUAAUUGUUAUAAGUAUUCCUAAAUUUAAUGAGUAGGGCUAAUGUUACUAGAAAUACUAAUCUUUAGCAAGAUUGUCAUUUUAUACGUAGGUCCGUGUUAUUUAUGUUACCUGAACCUUCAGUUGAUUGUUAAGAG